AUGGCGACAGACUUCGACAGCCUUCACAAGCAGAUCAUUGCAAACGCCGAGUUCCUGCUCGGUAGCGACACCAUCAGCGCAGCGAAAGACACUCGCGAUGGGCUGAACGUGGUCGUAUUCGGUACCAACGCGGCGUACACCGGCGCAGUCGUAAUCGGCUUACGCCCAGCAAUCGAAGGGCCUGAAUGCAGCACGCCCCAUCUCGCCCUGGCCAGGCUACUUACCACUACGUGCGAGCUCCUCGCCAGGUAUGUAGGGCCGCAAAACCUACGUCGAGCAGUAUCGCUAAUCAUAGAGCGCAGCUACGUGCCCAAGCUCAGCGCGCACCAGCGCAACAUUCAUGGGGGCGGCGUCUUUGACGAGGACUUAAUCAGUCCCGAAUUGGUAGAAGUGCAGAAGUCUUCUGCAUAA